ACCUGGAGGAGGGGCACGAUGCUGGGCAGAGACGAUCGACCCGGACCGAUCGGAACCGACUCGACUCGACUUGACCCAACGUGAAAAUGUCGUCUCUGCGCAUCCUGCUCAUCGGCAACGGCGGCCGCGAGCACGCUCUGGCCUGGAAGCUCGCCCAAUCGCCGCUGGUGGAGUCCAUCAUCGCCGUGCCCGGCAACGGAGGCACCGCGCGCUUGCCCAAAACCACCAACAACACCUCGGUGGCCGCCGACGACUACCCGGGCCUCGUUGAUCUUGCGCGCAAGCAUGGCGUCAACCUCGUCGUCCCGGGGCCCGAGGCGCCCCUCGUUGACGGCGUCGAGGGAUUCUUCCGCGAGGCGGGCAUCCCCGUCUUCGGACCCUCCAAAGAGGCCGCGCGCAUGGAGGGCAGCAAGACCUUCUCCAAGGACUUCAUGAAGAAGCACAACAUCCCGACUGCCGCCUACGAGAACUUCUCCGACUACGACAAGGCCUGCCAGUACCUCAAGUCGAUCAAGCACAACGUCGUCAUCAAGGCCACCGGCCUGGCCGCCGGCAAGGGCGUGAUAAUCCCGCAGAACCAGGAGGAAGCCCUAAAGGGGCUCAAGGAGAUCAUGCUCGACAAGUCCUUUGGCUCGGCCGGCGACGAGGUCGUCAUCGAGGAGUUCCUCACCGGCGACGAGCUCAGCAUCCUGUCCUUCUGCGACGGCACUACCAUCAAGUCGCUCCCCCCCGCCCAGGACCACAAGCGCAUCGGCGAGGGCGACACCGGCCUCAACACGGGCGGCAUGGGCUGCUAUGCCCCGACCAAGCUGGCCACUCCGCAGCUGAUUGCCCGCAUCGAGCGCGAGAUCCUCCAGCCGACCAUCGACGGCAUGCGCAAGGACGGCUUCCCCUUUCGCGGUUGUCUCUUUACCGGCCUGAUGAUCACCCCCGACGGCGCUCCCAAGGUGCUCGAGUACAACGUCCGCUUCGGCGACCCCGAGACCCAGACGGUGCUCCCCCUCCUCAAGUCCGAUCUGGCCAAGAUCAUGUACGCCUGUGCGGGGCCGGUUCCCUAUCUCGAAGACGUGCAGGUCAAGGUCUCGUCCAAGUUCAGCACGACUGUCGUCGUCGCCGCCCCCGGCUAUCCAGAGUCGUAUCCCAAGAACAUCCCCAUGCGAGUGGCGAACCCGCCCGAGGGAAUCCACCUCUUCCACGCCGGGACCAAGCUGUCGGGUGAGGGUGACGCGCUCCUGACCUCGGGCGGCCGUGUCAUCGCGGCCACCGCCACCGGCGACUCCCUCCGCGCCGCCGUCGACAAGGCCUACGAGGGCGUCAAGCUGAUCAACUUCGACGGCAUGUACUAUCGCAGGGACAUUGCCCACCGCGCCUUCCGCGGUACUCGGGCCGCCGACAAGCUCACCUACGCCCAGUCCGGCGUGAGCAUCGAUGCCGGCAACGAGCUGGUGGCCCGCAUCAAGGCCGCCGUGGCCACGACCCGGCGCCCCGGCGCGGACGCCAUCAUCGGCGGGUUCGGCGGCGAGGUUGACCUGUCCGCCGCCGGCCACCCGGGCGCGCCCAUCAUCGUCGGCGCCAUCGACGGCGUCGGCACCAAGCUCAUCAUCGCCCAGAAGAUGAACAAGCACGACACGGUCGGCAUCGACCUCGUCGCCAUGAACGUGAACGACCUCGUCGUCCAGGGCGCCGAGCCCUUCAUGUUCCUCGACUAUUACGGCUGCUCGCGCCUCGACGUCUCGGUCGCGACCUCGUUCGUCGAGGGCGUCGCCAAGGGCUGCAUCGCGGCAGGCUGCGCCCUCGUCGGCGGCGAGACCGCCGAGAUGCCCGACCUCUACACCGGCGACGACUACGACGCCGCGGGCGCCGCCAUCGGCGUCAUGCGCGCCUCCCAGCGCCUGCCCCGCAAGGACGCCAUGGCCGAGGGCGACGUCCUCCUCGGCCUGGCCUCCUCGGGCGUCCACUCCAACGGCUUCUCCCUCGUCCGCCGCAUCGUCGCCAACCGCGGCCUGCAGUAUACCGACCCCUGCCCCUGGGACCCGGCCGCCCGCUCCCUCGGCGAGGCCCUCCUCACCCCGACGCGCAUCUACGUCAAGCCCCUGCUCGCCGCCCUCGCCCAGACGGGCGACGCCAUCAAGGGCAUGGCGCACAUCACCGGCGGCGGCCUCACGGAGAACGUCCCGCGCAUGCUGCCCGCCCACUUGGCCGGCGAGAUCGACGUCGGCAGCUGGGAGGUGCCGGCCGUCUUCCGCUGGCUGGCGCAGGACGUCGAGCCCGCCGAGAUGGCCAGGGCCUUCAACAACGGCCUGGGCAUGGUCCUCGCCGUCGAGGCCUCCCGCGCCGAGGAGGUCGCGCGCGUCCUCGAGGGCGCCGGCGAGAAGGUCUGGAAGGUGGGCCGGUUGGUGAAGAGGGGGCCAGAGGGUUGUGUGUUGAGGGGGUUAGAGGCAUGGGCUUAGUUUAGGCUCAAGCCCUGCCUGUCGGCGAGGGGGUAUUACCGAGUGGAGUUGAGUAUAUGGGUCGGGUGUUGUCUGUGUUCCCGGGUAAAAAAAAUUAAAAUAAAAUAAAAUAAAAUGAUGAGAACAAG